AUGUUUAAGAGUCGGAUAUUCCAGGGCGAUCUCAGUCCUGUUCCUAUUCCUGGAGGGAUCCAGCAAAUUAGUCAGCACGGACAACAGAGUGAGCAGGAGCUCGCGACUAAGAUGCUGCAAAUACAAAGCAAGCGAUUCUACCUCGAUGUCAAACAAAACAGACGCGGGAGGUUUAUCAAAGUUGCUGAGAUCGGAGCAGAUGGCAGGCGUAGUCAAAUAUUUCUAGCCUUAAGUACAGCGUCAGAAUUCCGUGAUCAUCUCUCGACGUUCAGUGAUUUUUACGCGUCGCUAGGUCCACCCAAUCCAGAGAAUGUACCAGAUGAUGGAAAACUUAAAUCAGAAAUGAUGGUAAAAGACAAUAGGCGGUAUUACUUGGACCUUAAAGAAAAUUCUCGUGGUCGUUUUCUACGAGUAUCUCAAACGAUAACACGAGGAGGUCCAAGGACACAAAUAGCCAUACCUGCUCAAGGAAUGAUCGAGUUUCGUGACGCGCUGACGGACCUCCUGGAAGAAUUUGGAGUCGAUGACGGUGGAUUUAAAGGGGACUUACCCGAGGGUCGUUAUAUGCGUGUUGACAACAAAAACUUUUAUUUCGAUAUUGGACAAAACAACCGCGGUAUUUACAUGAGAAUUUCCGAAGUAACCAUAACUGUGCCGGAAAAAUCUUGGUCGCGGUUUCGUGAUAUAUUUGCAGAUUACUGUGAAAAAAUGAAAGAAGGUGGUGGAGGUAAUAGCUCCUCUGGAAUAGGUUCAUCUGGAUUAUCUGACAGCAAGGGUACCGUAGGAUCCGGGCAACAGGUAUCACCAACUUCCGCCUCUUCGCCUAAUCCAAAUCCGAAUUUAGACUCAAACUUAAUCAAGUGA